AGCCGGCGCAGCCGUUCUACUCGUAGUUUGCUCAAUAGAUCAAACAUGAAGCUGCUGACGUUCCUCGCGGCUGCUACAUGUGUCGGAGCAGUCCGCACGUCGCUUGAGGAGCUGCAGGCAUUCUUCCGGCAGCGUGCCGAGCUGGAUGCGAACCGGUCCUCCACGCUGGAGAUGUCCACUACCCGGAAGAAGAAGGAGGAGCCCAAGGAGUGCCAUGAGAUCGUGGGCGGAGCUGAGAAGCGAGAGAGGUGGCACAUGUUUGGUGGCGACUGCAAGUGCCCAAACGAGCACGUGGUAGCUGGGAAGUCCUGGGAGUGCGGUGACGCGUUGGGCCAUCGGCACUUCUCCAACAAGCUAGCGCCGUCCAGCUGCACCUGCCAGCCCACCACCAAAUGUGAAAGCAUGGCGCAAGGUGCAGUGGAGCGAAACUCUCACAGCAAGAACCCGGACAGGCCGUGCAAGUGCGCGGACAAGGACUCUGUCCUGGAGGGGAAGUCGGAAGAGUGCGCCCUCUUCAUCGGAGAGCGCCACUUCCCAAACACGCUGAGACCGCAGGAGUGCUACUGCCACCAAUCGAACCUGGUAGAGCACGACUGUGAGGAGAUCGCCCAAGGAGCUACACAGAUCGACAAGAAGAGUGCCAGGUGCAAGUGCCCGGAGGACACCUUCAUUGGCGGCGAAGCGCAGCAGUGCAAGGACUUCUAUGGUGCUCAUAUCUUCCCCAAGAGGCUGAAGCCGGGGCUGUGCCAGUGCACUGCCAACGUGCGGAAGCCGGGCUCUUCGGGCGGCAGAUUGCAGCUGGGAGUCCUUCCAUUCCUGCUGCUGGCUGGGAUGAUAUGGUGAAAGUGACUUGCUUCACUUCCUGGUAGCACUUUCCGAUCGCAUGGGCGGCAA